AUGACUUUUGCGCAGCUUUUGGACCAAGUUGGUGGAAUGGGCCGCUUCCAGGUCAUCAAUGUGAUGUUGCUCUGCUUGCCGAUGGUCCUUAUGGCUGCCCAUAACCUCUUGCAGAAUUUCACGGCCGCUAUCCCUGGCCACCAUUGCCGCAUCUCCAUCAACAACACCUGUGGCAACAUUACUACUGGAAGCUUGAACUGUAGGGAUCUCCUGACGGCCUUCAUCCCGACAGACAGCAAGCAGAUGCUACAAAAGUGUCACCGUUUUGUCACUGCUCAACAGCAGUCCCCGAAUCCCAAUUUCACAGGAACGGAGGCUCAGGUGGAACCCUGCCUGGAUGGAUGGACCUACGAAGAGCAUGUCUUUGCAUCCACCAUUGUAACAGAGUGGGACCUGGUAUGUGACUUCCGAAACUUGCAGCAAAUGGCCCAGUCGAUCUAUAUGGCUGGCGUGUUGGUGGGUGCGGUUGUCUUCGGCGGCCUCUCAGACAAGUUCGGACGGAAAGCCUUGCUCAUCUGGUCCUGUUUCCAAAUGGCCGUUUCGGGGUCUUGCGCAGCAUUCGCUCCCAGCUUCACCGCUUACUGUGCCUUUCGGUUCCUAUCAGGGAUGGCUCUCUCGGGCGUCGGGCUGAAUUGUGUGUCGCUGUCAGUGGAAUGGACCCCUAUGCAUUCUCGAGCAACGGUCAGCAUGGUGACUGGCUACAGCUACAGCGUCGGGCAGUUCAUCCUGGCAGGGGUGGCGUACGCCAUCCGGGAUUGGCGCUGGCUCCAGUUGGCUGUCUCCUUCCCUUACUUUGCCUUCUUUCUGUAUGGCUGGUGGUUUACAGAGUCUGCCCGGUGGUACGCGACAGCUGGCAAACUGGACCUGGCACUCAAGGAACUGCGGAAAGUUGCGCGGAUAAACGGAUGGAAAGAACAAGGGGAGAAGCUUAGCUUAGAGGUCUUGAAAGCCAGCUUACAGAAAGAGGCUCCCUCCGCCAAAUCCAACUUCGCCGCGGCUGACCUGGUACGCACGCCAAAGGUGCGCCACAUCACCUGCUGCCUUUGUUUCGUAUGGUUCUCCACCAGCUUUGCCUACUAUGGGUUGGCUAUGGACCUGCAAAACUUUGGGGUCAGCGUCUACCUCAUCCAGGUGGUCUUUGGCGCUGUGGACAUCCCAGCCAAACUCAUUGCUUUCCUCGUGAUUUGCUCCUUCGGACGCCGGGUGGCCCAAGCGCUGAGUCUCAUCCUAGCAGGGUUGUCCAUUGUAGGCAACAUCUUUGUACCCCAAGAUAUGCAGAUCCUUCGCACUAUUUUUGCCGUCUUUGGAAAGGGGUGCCUGGGAGCUUCCUUCAAUUGUGUGUUUUUGUACACUGGAGAACUUUACCCCACCGUCAUCAGGCAGACUGGCAUGGGCUUUGGCAACACCAUGGCACGCGUCGGCGGGAUCGUGGCACCCUUGGUGAGGAUGACCAGCGAGUAUUCCCCGACUCUUCCCUUACUCAUCUAUGGGGCAGCCCCAAUCAUCUCUGGCAUUGCUGCCUGCUUACUUCCAGAGACCUUAAACAUGCCGCUUCCAGAUACAGUUGAAGACAUAGAAACGACGGACAGAAGACGGAAGCUGCAAAGCUGA